AUGACAGGUAUAAAAAACUAUUUGGUCAAACAUGGAGAAGGUGAGCUUGAGGACCUCAUAGAAAGGGAGAGAAACAAGUUGAGGAGAAGAGACAGUCUUGUUAUUUGAUAUCUGGAUACCAAAUGUAUAUAAUAUGUUGCAAUUAAGUACAGUACUAACAUGCAUUUAAUGUACUUAAAUGUUACAAUUAAUUACAGUACUAACAUUUUUAUAAUUAAUUUGUAUAAUUACCAUUUAUUGUCCAGAUUUAUUCUAGUUGUGUGAAUUUCUUAAAUGAUUUUUUUUUUAAAGAAACAUUUGAGAAAUGUAUUUUCUCUUCUGUUGUAAUUUUAGCUUGGCACUAAUGAAAUUUUGAACAUAGAUGCGAUUAUAGAACAAGCCCUUCAUGUCUGUGUGCUGAAACCUCUCAAGUAUCACAUCUAUCGCUUGUUUGUUGACAAGUAUAGCAAGUAG